CUGCGUGUGAACCAGGAUGAACCUGUGGAAGAAUAUCUGGCCAGUCUAGAGGAGGCCCAAGCUGGAGCUGAAGAACGAACAUGUCUGGGAUUACUUUUAGGACCCGGUUUACCCUGCAAGGAGCAGAUGAGAGCCAACGUCAUCAAUGAAAUCAUGAGCACAGAGCAGGAUUACAUCAAGCACCUGAAAGACAUUUGUGAGGGUUACAUCAAACAGUGUCGUAAGAGGACAGAUAUGUUCACCGAAGAGCACGUCCGUACAAUUUUUGGCAACAUAGAGGAGAUCUACCGAUUCCAGAGGAGGUUUCUGAAAGGCCUGGAGAAAAAGUUCAACAAGGAGCAGCCCCAUCUCAGCGAGAUCGGCUGCUGUUUCCUUGAACAUCAAACUGAUUUCCAGAUCUAUUCAGAAUACUGCAACAACCACCCCAAUGCCUGCAUCCAGAUCUCCAGGCUGAUGAAGGUCAACAAGUAUGUUUUCUUUUUUGAGGCCUGUCGGCUGCUUCAGAAGAUGAUCGACAUUUCACUGGAUGGCUUCUUGCUCACUCCAGUUCAGAAGAUCUGCAAGUAUCCAUUACAGCUAGCAGAGCUCCUCAAAUACACCAACCCCCAGCACAGGGACUACCGGGAUGUGGAGGCAGCCUUGAAUGCCAUGAAGAACGUGGCCAGGUUGAUCAAUGAGAGAAAACGACGCCUUGAGAACAUCAAUAAGAUUGCCCAGUGGCAGAGCUCCAUCGAGGACUGGGAGGGUGAAGAUGUUCUCGUCAGAAGUUCUGAACUCAUCUUUUCAGGGGAGCUGACCAAACUGUCCCAGCCUCAGACCAAGAGUCAGCAGAGAAUGUUUUUUCUCUUUGAUCAUCAGAUGGUGUAUUGCAAAAAGCGGUGACCAGGCCGUACUGCGACUUCCUCCUGCGACAGAAGCAUCCCUCCCUCCCCACUGCUCUGCCCCAGCAGCAGGUCUUCAUGCUGGCCGAGCCCAAACGCAAAACCACGUUCUGGCACAACAUCGGUCGACUGACCCCCUUCAAGAAGUGAACGCUGGAGGAGAACACGAGGAGCUCUUUGCUCGCGCUUGAAAGAAGACUCUUUAACUGCCCCUCAUGUCUUUUCAUCCUGUCACCGUUCCAGGAUUAAUAAACUGACUUGUACAGAUGAUUAUAACGAGGAGAAGAUUAUUUUUAUGAAAGCACUUUAUAGGUUGACGAAGGAUCAGAUGUGAGAGAGGUUUCCUGGAGUCAAACGAGGGAGUGGACCUUUAGACCUCCUGUUGGACCUCUGUAGGGACUCAUGACUGAGCUGCCUUCGUGUAACGCUGCCUGUACCUUGUUUUAUGCUACCGCUUCAAUGAUUUGCCAACUUUUCCUUGUGCCAGAAAACUGAUUUGAAUAUGUUGAUUUGUUCUGUGUUCGCUUUAAAACAAGAAAUCUCUUUGUGCUUUUCUGUGUGCUGAUAUAUUUUGUAACCAUUUCUAAAACAGUGGCGAUGUUCUGUGCUCUCCGUCUGUAAAGUUUGGCUUUAUUUUUGUUCUGAUUCAGUUAUUGGGCUGUAGGAACGCUUCAUACGACACAGUCCAGAGAACUGGAGGGCAGCGCGAUGGAGCCAACACGUUCCUCCAAUCUGAUCCUAAACAUUUCCUCACAGUGGUCAUGAAAGUAUAAAACCUGCUCCUUUUCCUCUCACCUUAUUUUGUUUUAAUCUAUUUUCUUUGAUAAAGUGCCAUUUGUGACAUGGACAACUUACAAUGACAUGCAUGGAUGUGACAAACUAAUACUGUGAAGAAUUUCUGUUUUUUUAUCUCUGAAAAACCUCCAGCUAACCAGAAGGACGAGUGUUACGGUGUUUUUACAGACCUGACAGGACUGUACUCUCAUCAACUGUAACAUCCAGUGUUCAUCCUCUGUUGUAAUCUGAUCUCAGAUCAGUGAUGUUGCUCUGUAAGUACAUCCAGUGAAGAGUACUCCUACCUAUCUGUUCAAAUGGUACACAAUAUUAAACAUUCCUAAUCUAAACAAAACGGUCCGGUUCAUUAUUUGUUGUAUAAAAAU